ACCCGGAAAUACAGUAACAAAAUAUACAUUACUUUUCGUGAAAAGCUAGCUUCAUAUAAAAACAAGCCAGGGAUUACAUCACCUGAGUCAAGUGACCAUGGUUAUGUUUUCUUACCACCCUCUUCUCCCCUCUUUCUCUAACUAGUUCAUAUGUUGUUUACUUCAAGCUCUGAGAUAUGGCAGCUUAGCUCAAUCUGUAUUUGUGUAAAUUGAUCUUGUCACAAAAGAUCAAUUUUAUCUUUUUAUUAUAUUUAUCAGUUUCGAUUUCUUAAAGACCUAAAAAAUGGCUGCUUCUUCAUCUGCAACUUUCUUUGGUUUGAAACAAGAAGAGCUUCUGAAUCUUCAACAUUCCUCCGGAGGAGCGAACUCGGUUAUGGCUUCUUCUGCGUCAGCUGCUGCUCCUCAGAGAAAAAAGAGAAACCAGCCCGGAACUCCUAGUCCUGAUGCUGAGGUGAUAGCUCUAUCUCCGGAUACACUAAUGGCUACAAAUCGAUUUGUUUGUGAGGUAUGCAACAAGGGUUUUCAGAGGGAGCAAAACUUGCAGCUGCACAGAAGAGGACACAAUCUUCCGUGGAAGCUUAAGCAAAAGACAAACCGGGACGUGAGGAAGAAGGUCUACCUUUGCCCUGAACCUGGCUGCGUCCAUCACGAUCCGUCAAGGGCUCUCGGGGACCUCACUGGAAUUAAGAAACACUUCUCCCGCAAGCAUGGUGAGAAGAAAUUUAGGUGCGAAAAGUGUAACAAAAAAUAUGCAGUGCACUCCGACUGGAAGGCUCACUCUAAGACUUGCGGCACUAAAGAGUACAGAUGUGAAUGUGGCACUACCUUCUCAAGGCGUGAUAGCUUCGUGACUCAUCGAGCCUUCUGUGAUGCGCUUGCUCAAGAGACGGCACGUCAUACACUGCUCCCCGCAUCACUCAGCAACAUGGCUGCUACAAUUUACGCACACGCUAGUGGCGUUAUGAGCAGCUUGGGCUCGUCCGGGCCUCUCGUUUCAGCUGACCGUCAGGAGCCAUCGUCUCCUGUAUUCGGGCUUGGUGCUCCAGCAGCUGCGCCAAGAAGUUCAUUCACUGGCUUCCUAUCAGGCCAGUCUGCUGGUGGAUCUGCUUUUCGACCCAUCCAGUCGCUCACAAUGCCUGUUCAGCCACCCGAAGCUAAGCAUAAUUUCUCAAGAUUUUCUGAUUUUUCGGGCCUUCAGGGCUUUUCAAACAACACUACUUCUGCUGGCCCUAUGUUCAACUUGGGAUUUAAUGGCAACGCUGAUGUGGACAGUCCUCAUCACGAGGUUGAUCUUAACAUGAACAGCCCCGGUCUUCUUACUGGUUUGAUGAUGAAUGCGGAUCCUCCUCCGGUUUAUAGUCAUAUUAAUACUAUUCAGUCUCCGCAGCUAUCAGCUACAGCUCUCCUUCAAAAGGCGGCGCUCAUGGGAAGCUCUACAAGCAGCGCUGCCUUGAUGAAGGGCUUGGGAAGCUCUUCGUCUAGCGGAGUAAAGUUUAGUAACUAUGGUGGAGCUUUCGGAGCUGGAAUAUUGAGUGGAGGUGGCGGGGCUAGUGCAAGUAUAUUUCAAGAUAUGUACAGCUCAAUCAAUGCAGGUGGUGGGGGUUAUGGGAAUGGAGGGUUUGGAGGCGGAAUGGGAUUUAGCGGAAACAACCCAUACGGAGGAGUAAUGUACAAUGUCAAGAAUGAUCAUGAGGGGAUGGAAUUGGAUGAAAAGGAGAAUAGCAUGGCUAUGGAGCCGCAAAGUGUUCAAAGCGGGUACUGUGACAAGCUUACUAGGGAUUUUCUCGGCAUGGGAAAGAGGAGGACAAGCUUUAGUGGUGGAAUGGAGGAUGAUCACAAAGGGAAUGGAAUAGCAUCGAACUCGCCGGAUAGUGAAGCAACCACCUCAGCUGAGCCUAACCCCUUUGUCCUGAGCCGCCGCGGCUUUUGAUCCAGCAACAAUUCAGGCCGGAGACUCAAGAUGAUCAAGGCAUGCAGACAGACGCUUAAUGUGAUUUCAGUGACCUUGCAUCUUUUACAAGAAUCAAUGAGAACAAUCAGCAAAAAACUCAUCUUUCUCUUUUUUCUUGGAACAAAACUUUUGAUGGAGAUACUUCGGUUUAGUUUUUAUGUUUUGCUUAAACUUUAAAAAUUACAGAGAGACGCCCCCCGCAGGCUUUGAACUUAGCUAGAGGUCGGUUUUUAUUUGUUUUUGUGGUAAAAGUUUCGGAUUGUGCUUGUUAAGUUUGAAUCACCCUUUUUUGUGUUGC